ACCGCCGCAGAAAGGCGGAAGGAACGGUCGCCGUUGCCGUGGGGCUGCGCGGGAACGCUGGCGGCCAUGGCGGACGCGGGGCCCGGGUAUCGGGGCUGGUGCUUGUGUCCCGAGGUGCCAUCCGCCACCUUCUUCACCGCGCUGCUCUCGCUGCUGGUGUCCGGGCCCCGCCUGUUCCUGCUGCCGCCGCCGCUGGCGCCCUCGGGGCUCUCGCUGCGGUCCGAGGCCCUGCGCAACUGGCAAGUUUACAGGCUGGUGACCUACAUCUUUGUCUAUGAGAACCCAAUCUCCCUGCUGUGUGGCGCCAUCAUCAUCUGGCGCUUUGCCGGCAAUUUUGAGAGGACCGUGGGCACUGUCCGCCAUUGCUUCUUCACGUUGAUCUUUGCUGUCUUCUCCGCCAUCAUCUUUCUGUCCUUCGAGGCGGUCUCAUCACUGUCAAAGCUUGGGGAGGUGGAGGAUGCCCAAGGGUUCACCCCCGUGGCGUUUGCCAUGCUGGGAGUUACCUCUGUCCGCUCUCGGAUGAGACGGGCCCUGGUGUUCGGUGUGGUUGUGCCCUCGGGACUGGUGCCGUGGCUCCUGCUGGGUGCCUCAUGGCUCAUUCCCCAGACUUCCUUCCUCAGUAAUGUCUGUGGCCUGUGCAUUGGGCUGGCAUAUGGGCUCACCUACUGCUACUCCUUGGAUGUCCCCGAGCGAAUGGCACUGAAGCUGGACCAGAAGUUCCCCUUCAGCCUCAUGAGGAGGAUAUCCAUAUUCAAGUAUGUCUCAGGAUCCUCGGCUGAAAGAAGAGCGGCCCAGAGCCGGAAGCUGAACCCUGUGCCCGGCUCCUACCCCACCCAGAGCUGCCACCCGCACAUGUCCCCAAGCUACCCUGUCACCCAGAUGCAGCAGGCCAGCAGUCAAAAACUGGCUCCCUGGCCAGCCUGCGCUCCUGGACACACACCUAGCUUGCCUCCCUACCAGCCCACCUCUGGCCUGUGUUAUGUGCAGAACCAUUUUGGUCCAAACCCUAAUUCCUCUGCUGUGUACCCAGCCUCCUUGGGGACCUCCCAGGGGACACAGUCCCCCACCCCCACCUGCAGCCCUGGUACAGUACAUUCUGGGGCACUGGGAAAUCCCAGUGCUGCGGGCUCCAAGGAAUCCUCCAGAGUGGCCAUGCCCUGAGGUGGCACCCACCUUUCUGGACAAGAAGUAUUUAUUGAGUCCCUCCAUCUACCAGGCUCUAUGUGGAGUACUGUCUCAGCUUGUUUACACUCAUGUACAGUUUAUUGGCCCAGUGUUAAGAUGGGGAAAGUGAGGCACUGCCAUGGCCUGCAGGCUCCAGUGACAGCUGGGGUCCUUGACUGCAGGCCCAGCUCCUCCUGGCACCCCAGGAGGAAGAGGGCAGGGCUGCACCCAGUCCCUGCCCGCCUUCCUCACUGCCCUUGUGCCCAGUGCUCUUGGUUGUAGUGUCUGUGUGUUCGCAGCCCCAGGCCUGUGCCCUGUCCCCAGCUCACCCAGAUGUGUUACUAUCACCAUGUCUGCUACCUUUAUAUAAAGAACCUGCCCUAA